AUGCUCUUUGUGCCGCCUGCUCGCCUUGAUAGAGACUACCCAAAGCGAACCCAAGUAGCUUUGCGAGAGGAAUUUCAAGAUAUUCUGCGAAGCGAUGACCACAUUUUCGACGAGGCAGGAGAAUGUGAUGCUGUCGAAAACUCACAUAAUGGUAAUUUGCUUUUGAAACAACUGUGGGGGGAAUGCGCCGACUUGAGGCCUGACAUUGGAUUUACCACAAACCGCGAUGUCGUUAUGGUGUUCUUCCGAGUGGUUCCCCUUCAUGAUCCAGAGCAGAAUACCUCCAGUGAUACGCGUUCUUCUCGCAGGAGACAGCCCGAACCUACUCCCGACCCGAAUUCCGGUUUUGUCUUGUCCCCCUUUAUGAAGUGGACCGAUAAGAGACUUCGAGCGUGCCUGCUUGCUUUGUCCCUCAUGGCUCUCGAUGAGGAGAGCUGGAUGACACGGGACAACCCAGUAUCGCUUCGCGAUCUCUCUGUCCAAAUUCUGAGUGCACACAAAUUCUGCUCACUUGAAAGAAGGUUACUUGCUCUUAGUUUGUCCCUUGAACAUCGGUGAUAAGCUUCAGGGAUUGUAAAACUUUCCCAUACAGUAACAUACCACCGUUGUUACUAUAUAUCGGCGGGAGAGAUUGACCCAGAAAUGAAAUCGUCUA